UGCACCACUGCUCUCUCAAGCGAAAGCAACCAAAGUCUUAACUGCCUCCGUCAUGUCUCGGAACUUCUCCAGCGCCAGCGCCUCGGGCCCUCAGUCUCAGAGGGGUCCGCGGUCCAGCGCGGGCAGCAUGUUCGGGGGAGCGGGGGGGGCCGGUUCCCGCGCCUCCGUGUCCACUCUGCAGGGGCUCACGAACGCGCUGCGCCCCAACUCUCAACCGAACAGCGCAGCCCCUGGCCUCAGCCCCGCAGCCGGCGGUAAAGAAACAAUGAAGGGUCUGAACGACCGUCUGGACAAGUAUCUGUCCAGGGUGCGAAUGCUGGAGAAAUCCAACAAAGAUCUAGAAGACCAGAUCAAAGAAAUCCUGCUGAAAAGAGGAGCCACCAAUGAGCGAGACUGGAACGCCCACGAGAAGCCGCUGGCUGACCUUAGGAAAAAGAUUCGUGAAAUGACCAUGGAAAAUGCACGCCUCCUGCUGCGGAUUGACAACGCCAGACUGGCUGCCGACGAUUUCAAAGUCAAGGGUGAUUCGGAAAAGGCCAUAAGGCACGGUGUUGAGAAGGACGUCGCUGGCCUGCGCAAGAUCAUGGAUGACACUACCCUGAACCGCCUGCAGGUGGAGAGCCAGAUCGAGUCUCUGAAGGAGGAGCUGGCUUUUCUGAAGAAGACCCACGAGGAGGAAGUGGCCGCCUUGCGCGAGCAGAUCAGGGAGUCCAGCGUCAAGGUGGAAAUGGACUCCCCCAAGGGUUCCGACCUCAACGACGUCAUCUCCAAGAUCCGCAGCCAGUACGAGAAGGCUGCGCAGAAGAACCGCGAGGAGACCGAGCUGUGGUACCAGAGCAAGUUUGACAACCUGAAGGCCGAGGUCACCCAGAACACGGAGGCGGCACGGAAAGAGCGAACUGAGCUGAAUGAGCUGAGGAGACAGAAGCAGGUUCUGGAGAUCGACCUGCAAGCCAUCUAUAGCUUGCUCCGCUCCCUGGAGGACACGCUCAACGAGACGGAGGGCCGCAACGCACGCAACAUGAGCCAGCUCAACGAGCACCUGCUGAGGCUGGAGUCAGAGCUGGGCCAGGUGCGCGCCCAGAUGGAGCGCCAGGCCGCAGACUACCAGGCCCUGCUCAACAUCAAGAUGAAGCUGGAGGGCGAGAUCGCCACCUACAGGCACCUGCUGGAAGGCCUCCCGGAUGAAGAGAGAGCGGACUGGUCUUUAGAGCAGGCUGUGCAGGCGGCGCCGGAGUGCGAACAGCAGCAGAACAAAAGUAAGAUGGCCAACAGCAACCAGGAGGGGGAGUCCUCAGAUGACAGCGCAGCCAAGUAAGAGGAAGAGGAAGAUGACGAAGAAGACUAGCUCAGAAAACUAAGAGUUGCUCCUGAAUACCAAUGAGCCAAGCUGAGUGACAUACC